AUGGGAGUGUUGGGGCUCUAUCCUUUCCUCCGAAAAGCAUUCCCAGAUGUCGUGAAACAACUCCCUCAUCGUCUGCGCGAUUUGGCUGGACAACGUAUUGUCAUAGAUGGCACCCUUAUUACCCAGCGCCUUCAUUUCGCGCCUGUUCCCCAUGGACAUCGGCAUGUGCUCGGGUGGUACAAGUUGGUGAAGGAGAUGCAAGAUUCCGGGGUCACGGCUAUUUGUGUGUUCGAUGGAUUCGAACGUAGCCUGGCGAAGGCGCGCGAGACCGAACGCCGACGAGAAGCCAGAAAGCUGACCAUUGCUCGUGCAUCCAUAGAGUCUGAUAGGAUGCAACGCCUUCAACAACUAGCUCUUCUCGUGAAUGAUGUCCAAAGCGUCUCUGCUAAAGGCCAGCUGUCCGAGCUAUUUCUUCAAAUAUCCGAGGAGCAGGCCUCUUACUCUCCGAAGCGUGUGGUUCACAAGCCACCCGAAGAAGAGUUGGUGCACAUUCACGAUAUACCGGAACGCGAAAUGGACGAGUACUCUCUCGACUACUUGGACACUCUUCAAGCCGACGAUAUAAGCUAUUUAUCACCCACUAAUGACCUAGACGACUAUACUGCAACAACACAUGUAUCACCAGAGUCAACUUUGUAUUCGCAUGUUUCCUUGGCCGAACUACCCGGCGUCUUGAACUCUUUAUACUCCCAAUUUCGCGGGAGUGUGAGCAAAUUAGCUUCCCUCAGUCCCUCCGCCUCUGAGGAACACAUCGAAUAUUCGAUGUCUAAAACACAACAACAGCUGGCGGCAGAUGAGGCCAAAUUUUGGGCCGCUCUGGCCUCAGACUCGUUGACGGGAUCUCUCUCAGACACGCUUUCAACCUUGACCUUGCGAGCAGAACUCAUUUCCGAGUCUUACCAACGGCGCACAAAUCCACCAACAACACGCACAUAUGACGAGUCGAAAGAGCUUUUGCGGGCAAUGGGCAUCCCGUGUAUUGAUUCGACUGGCACGUAUGAAGCGGAGGCACUGGCCGCUUCCAUGGUUCAACAAGGACUUGCUGAUUAUGUCGCGAGUGAAGACACAGAUGUGGUCAUUUACGAGGCGCCACUCGUUCGAAAUCUUACGAGCCGCAAUUUGCCGCUGACCCUGUUGUCGGGAAAAGAGCUACGAACGACACUUGAACUAGAUCGUGCCUCGUUCAUCGAUUUUGCGCUGUUGCUUGGCACGGACUUCACACAGCGAAUAAAAAACGUCGGCCCUACGCGAGCGCUCAAGUUCAUUCGGGAGCACAAAUCCAUCGAGCGGGUGCUUGAUGUCGAGAUAAAAUACCCACCCCGGUCUCCCCCAGCGGCAUACUUGGCGGAUGUGGAGAGUGCACGACUUGUCUUUGAGACGCUUCCUCCUGUGCCGGACGCAGGCUUGCUGGAUCAAAAGAAGGACUUGGAUAGACUUUCGACUGUGUUGCAAAGAUGUGGGCUGGGUCGGCUCUUGCUCAAUGAAGAGUGGAAUUACGAGGAUGCCUUGGAGGGGAAUUAUUUUGCAGACGACCCGUCAGCAUAUUGA